AUAGGACUUUGAGACAGCCCUUUGCGCGUUUGAGAAAUUUCCGGUUCACAGACGCAGUCUUCCGCCAAGUUACGAAUUACAACGUCUUAAUUAUGUUCACAACUCAUUCUUCCAAAGCUUUCUUCCGAUUACUUCCUGGAAAAGAACAUUUAACUCUUCUUUCUUCUUUCAACUGCUUUUCGUGGAUCUGAUUAGAAGCAUAGUCCCAUUUUUCCUGUUUUCUUAGUGGCAGCUUCCAUUUCUAUUUGCAUCUGCUGUAGUGCUGGGCCUAUUGUUAGAUAAUUUUAGGAAGUCUACGAUUCUGCUAGUUGAAGUCCUAUUGAGCUAUUUUUUUCAUUGCUUUUUGUUGAGCUUUUGAUUGACAGUGAUCUGAUUUACAUUUUGAGAGGGAAAAGUAGAGGGGCUGCUUUUGUCCUAGGAUUCUGAUUACGGUGGUCGCUUCGGCGACAAGAAUACAAAGUAUUGGUGGUAGAUAACGAAGAACUAAAAUUUUUGUGUUUUUGGCGGAUGAAGGGGUUUAUAGGGGGUUAAGUCAUUGAUGAAAUGAGAAGUAUAUCAAGCCCUUGGAAUGGCAAUUCGACAAUUCAUAAGUGCUGUACCUGUCAGCUUAUGCGUUCUUUUGUUUCUUCUUCUUACAUCGGCGGGUAACUUGAAAGAAAGGGAAGAAAUACGAACAGACAUUACUAGCCAGCUGCUCGAUCCGUCAUCUGGAUUGUUAGAUGACAACGCGGCAGAACAUUUAUGGUCCUCUUGCCGGGGGGAUUUGAUUCAGUUAAAGGAAGAGGUAGCAGAUUUUGUCUUAUGGUUCCCGCAAGAAUCAUCUAGUAGCGCUGAUGAAAAUUCAGAAAUCCGAUAUAUGUUGAGACAAAACAUCCAAAAAUUGAUUAGUGCUCACCAUUCACAGUUAAAGCAAACUCUUCUUCAUUGUUUGAGACAGAAUAAUCUACCAUUCCUUGUCUCGGGAGAAGAGUCUGAUUCUAAGGCAUGGCAUGCCUCGUUAAUAAAAUCAAUGUUUUCCAGAUCCAGUGUUCUCAGAAGAAAUUUGGCUCAGGAAUUUCCUCAGCACAUAUCAGUAGCACCUAGCCCAGGUCCUGCACUUAUGUCACCAGCUCCCAGUUCAGCACCAUCACCUGAGAUGAUCCCAUCACCUUCCAUCUCUCAAAUUCCUAAAUCUGGGAGUCCUUCUUCAUCACCUGAACCUCCAUUCUUUCGACAGCUGGAACCUCCAGCUGCUAGGGACACCAAUGCAAAGCCAUCUUCAGAUGCUGAUAUACAGGCAGAUAAGAAAAGUAACCAUCAAAGAACAAUUGUUCUUGCCGUAGUAAUAACUGCUCUUGUGACAUUUGUAAUUGCAGCACUGCUAUUUUUAUGCUGCAGUAGGUUUUAUAGGAUUGGUCGAGGUAAGCAAAAUGAUGAGAGGCCCCUUCUCAGCUUGAGCAUGAGCGACUACUCUGUUGGAUCUUCCCAAUAUAAUUUUGGAAAUUCAGUCAGAGAGGAUAAACUUGGAUUUCAGUCAUCAAGUAAUAACAUGGCUGACCAUAAAAAGCUAUCAUCUGUGAAUGCCAAUACUCAUGUUAGCUCCAAUAUUUUCCAUACCACAGUGCAGGAAGCUCAAUCAAUGGGAGCUGUCAGUGUUGCUUCUGGAUCAUCAAUUGAACUGAAACCCCCUCCUGGGAGGGAGGGAACCACUGCUUCUGGAUUUCCUCCUCUAAAACCUCCUCCUGGGAGGGUGGGAACCACCACUUCUGGAUUGCCUCCCCUAAAACCUCCUCCUGGCAGGCUGAACCCUCUUCCCCCUGAACCACCUUUUAGACCUGAUAAUGCUGCUUCUCAUCCUCCUCCACCUCCUGCACCUCCACAGCCUGUGAAAUCUUACUCUGAUGGUGGUGGUGUUCCAACUCCAGGACCACCUCCACCUCCUGCACCCCCACAACCUGUGAAGCAUCAUUCUAAUGUUGGUGGAGCUCCACCUCCUGGACCUCCGCCGCCGCCGCCUGGUACUCGAGCAGGUGUUCAUCCACCACCAACUCCUCCUCCUCCAAAGGGUGGUAUAGCUCCUCCACGACCUCCUCCACCUAUUGGUCCAAAGAUAGCACAGCUAAAAUCUCCACAGAAUGCAGGAGCUGGUUCAGGAGGUGAAGCCCAUGCUCCUAAGGCCAAGCUAAAGCCGUUUUUCUGGGAUAAGGUCCAAGCCAACUCAGAUCAUUCAAUGGUCUGGAAUCAGAUUAAAUCAGGAUCAUUCCAGUUUAAUGAAGAGAUGAUAGAGACUCUUUUUGGCUAUAAUAAUGUGGAUAAACACAAAGGCGAACCAAAGAAAGAGUCAUCAUCCCAAGACCCUGCAACUCAGUAUAUCCAGAUAAUUGACAGGAAAAAAGCACAAAAUUUGUUGAUUUUGCUGCGAGCCUUGAACAUGACAACAGAAGAAGUUUGUGAUGCACUUCAUGAGGGAAAUGAGCUUCCCUCAGAAUUUCUGCAAACCUUGUUGAAGAUGGCACCAACAUCCGAGGAAGAACUUAAGCUUAGACUUUUCAGUGGUGAAACAUCUCAGCUUGGGCCUGCAGACCGAUUCAUAAAAGCUUUGGUUGACAUUCCAUUUGCUUUUAAACGAAUGGAAGCAUUGCUUUUCAUGAGUACUUUUCAAGAGGAUCUCACUUCUACCAAGGAGUCCUUCGCAACUUUAGAGGUUGCAUGUGAGGAGCUAAGAAGCAGUCGGCUGUUCCUUAAGCUUCUAGAAGCUGUUCUUAAAACUGGAAACCGUAUGAAUGAUGGGACAUAUCGUGGUGGUGCGCAAGCAUUCAAACUUGAUACGCUACUGAAAUUGUCUGAUGUAAAAGGAACAGAUGGCAAGACCACGCUCUUACACUUCGUAGUCCAAGAGAUAGUCCGCUCUGAGGGCAAAAGAGCUGCUCGACUGGAAAAAGAAAUCCAGAGUUCCUCUGACAUCAAAACAGAUGGCCGUCUUGAGGAUGUAACUGAUCAAACGGAGGAACACUAUCAUGAUCUUGGUCUCCAAGUGGUUUCACAUUUGAGCAGUGAACUAGAAAAUGUUAAGAAAGCAGCAACUAUUGAUGCUGACAGCUUAACGGGAACUGCUGCAAAACUCGGCCAUGGUCUUCUUAAAAUAAGAAACUUUUUGAACACUGACUUGGAGAGCAUAAAGGAAGAUAGAGAAUUUUGUCAGGCAGUGAAGGCUUUUGUGCAGAAUGCUGAGAAUGAUGUCACUAGUCUGCUAGAAGAGGAAAAGAAAAUCAUGGCUCUGGUGAAGAGCACUGGUGAUUAUUUUCACGGGAAAGCUGGGAAAGAUGAAGGAUUGCGGUUGUUCGUGAUAUUACGGGACUUCUUGAUGAUGUUAGAUAAGGUGUGCAAGGAGGUGAAAGACGCCCAGAAGAAGCAACCAAAAGCUCAAAAACACGAGGCGCCUAAAGCAUCGUCUUCCUCUGACGUUCGUCCACCCCCUGAUUUUCGUCAGCUGCUAUUUCCAGCAAUUGCAGAUAGACGCGUGAAAGACGAUAGUUCAGACGAUGAGAAUCCGUAGAAUGAACCUUCAAGUUGUAUUGGAAUUAUUCUUUCGCCAUAUUUUUUGACAUAAUUGUAUUGUUUAGAUUCGUUUCUUCCAUUGUUGGUUAAAGAUAGAUUAAGCAUUGUUUACAUUUGAUAGUAUAUUGCCAUCUUGAAUAUAAUCAAUCUAUAAUUACA